AUGGCACCUCCAUUGCUGGCUGUGCGGCAGUUUGUCUACACCCAUGAAGUGCCGCUUGACGACGACGGCAACAACACCAACAACGAUGCGGGCGAUAAUUAUAAGGAUAAGAAAGGAGAUGCCACCUUCAGUAGUAACAACAACAAGGACUGCGGUGCCCAUGGAGCUACAAGAGCCGUUACGGUCGCGCGUAUCACUGCGCAGGUGGUGUCGUUCGACCACCGCUGCUUCUGGGUGCACCUCUCCGAGUCCAGGGAGAGUGGCGACGCGCCACCGCCGCCGCUUGGUCCGUGCGCGGUGGCGUUUGGCGGUUUGGCGGUGGACGUCACGUCCACCACUCUCAUCGACGACGCACAGCUGCCGCAGCAGCAGGAACAGCAGCAAGGGGGCGGUGGCGUGAGUGCGCCGAAUCCGCAGGCUGUGUUCGCGCAGAGCCUCGCCCAGCGUAUCGCCCGUCGUCUACAGCAGGAGUGCGGGGCGGCGGUAGCAGUGUACGUGGCAUGCGGCAUUUCGGGGGAAAAGGCGGAGCUGAUCGGCACACCGGCAGGCAGCAGCCUCGACGUCACGAUGCGGUUUGGCGCGGUGGUGUUCCGCAACGUGAUGGAACUCAUCCGCGAGGAACUUCUGCCCCCUUUGCCUGCUUGA